AUGGGUUGGUUUGACGGACGCUCCUCGUCAUCCUCGUAUUACUACGUGCGCCGCCGUUCACCCACCCGCAAAUCCGGCUACUCAACCCACCAUCCCCGACACUCGGCCUCGUCCAUCUUCAGUCUUGGGGGUCGGGGAGGUGGAGGUGGAGGCCGAUCCAGUCCUUCGGUCUUCUCUUCCUUCUCUUCCUCCUCCCGCCGAGCUCGGCCUCGCGAGGGCUUUGUACAGCGCUUGAUCCGCUCCAUCAAGCGUCUGUUCCGUGACAUCUACCGCUACGCUCGAGAGCACCCCAUCAAAGUGUUCAUGCUCGUCAUCCUGCCGCUCUUAACCAGUGGGGUUCUGCCCAAGUUGCUCGCCAUGGUGGGACUGCGUCUGCCCCCAGGGGUUCUCCAUGCCCUCGGUGGAAGCGCCCCGAGCACCGGCCGCGGCGGGUUCGGGGACAUGGAUGGCAAGGGGCUGUCGGAUAGUGUCAAUGGCUUGGUGGGCUUGGCCAAGAUGUUCGCCUAA